AUGUCCUGGUUGCACUCAAAGAAGCACAAAGAAAAGGAACGUGAGAAGGAGAGAGAAAAGGAAAAAGAAAAGGAAGCCGCCGCCUUGACCGCAACCUUCCAUUCUGCACUCCAGAUAAAGUCGACCUCUCCAACCCCUGUUUCCUCGGCAACAUCCCCACCAAAGAACCAGGGCAAUGGUCACUCCCAGACGCCCUCGUCCUCCUCGAUUCACUCUACCACCCCACCUACCUCUGGCCACUCGCCAUCACCUUCGGGACAGACAAACGGAACCGUAGGAAGAAACGACGGAGGCGCACCCAAGAACGGUCUUUUGAUCAUUCGAGUCGUUGAGGCCCGAGGCUUGACCCUCCCACCUGGCUCCAGCAAUCCUCCCUUUGUGCCCAAGCAACAGCAGCAGACUACCAGCAACAGAGAGUCGCUUCAGCGUAAGUGGUGGUUGCCCUAUGCUGUGCUGGAGUUUGACAAGAACGAAGUCCUGAUCGAUGCGCUCGGAGGCGAGCUGUCCAAUCCCGUCUGGCAGUACAGAGCUCACUUUGACGUCUCGAGAGUCUCUGAUGUUCAGCUGUCACUUUAUAUCCGCAUCCCCAACCCCAAGGUCGUAGCGGCAAUGGACAAGACUGGCAGCAUGAUGGAGAGCGAGACGUCGAGCGAGGAUGUCUUUUUGGGUAACGUCAAGCUAGAGCCACGCUGGGAUGAGCAGAUGCAGGAUGAGUGGUUCGCACUCGGAGGGGGCACCGGCAAGGUGCGCGUCCAAGUCGUGUUCAAGCGAGACAGUGCGAAUACACCUUUGACAAUAGAUGCGUUUGACCUUCUCAAGGUCAUUGGCAAGGGCAGUUUUGGCAAGGUCAUGCAAGUUCGCAAGCGCGACACUUCCCGUAUCUAUGCCAUGAAGAUCAUCCGCAAGGCACAUAUCAUCUCACGAAGUGAAGUCAACCACACCUUGGCAGAGCGUACAGUUUUGGCCCAGAUCAACAACCCCUUCAUCGUCCCCCUCAAGUUUUCGUUCCAGUCGCCCGAGAAGCUGUACCUGGUCCUGGCCUUUGUCAACGGAGGGGAGCUUUUCCAUCAUCUGCAGCGUGAGGGUCGUUUCAGCGAGGAGCGGUCAAGGUUCUAUGCUGCAGAGCUGAUGUGCGCACUCGAGUGUCUUCAUGGGUUCAAUGUGGUCUACCGUGAUCUCAAGCCUGAGAACAUUUUGUUGGAUUACACUGGCCAUAUAGCCCUUUGUGAUUUUGGACUGUGCAAGCUCGGCAUGACUGAGACAGAGACUACGAACACCUUCUGCGGAACUCCCGAGUACCUUGCGCCAGAGCUGUUGUUGGGUCAGGGCUAUACCAAGACUGUCGACUGGUGGACAUUGGGCGUGUUGCUGUACGAGAUGUUGACAGGUCUGCCACCAUUCUAUGACGAGAACAUUCACGAGAUGUACAGGAAGAUUCUUCAGGAUGAGCUGCGGUUCCCCGAUGAGGUAGCACCGGAUGCGAGAGCACUUUUGACGGCGUUGUUGACACGGGAUCCUAACCAGCGUUUGGGUAACAAUGGAUCAAAUGCGAUCAAACAGCAUGCGUUCUUCAAGCCGAUUUCGUUCCCUCACUUGAUGGCCAAGAAGAUUCAGCCUCCUUUCAAGCCAUCGGUGUCGUCUGCGAUUGAUACGUCGAACUUUGACGAGGAGUUUACGAGCGAGGAGCCUUUGGAUUCUGUGGUGGAGUCGUCAUUUUUGAGUGAGACGGUGCAGUUGCAGUUCAAGGGAUUCACAUACAACCCUGCCAACGACGGAGUCCUUGGGGCGAGUAUGGCCAACCAUGCUGGGCCAUUGGGAUCGUCGGGUGAUCGGUCGAUAUCUGGCCGUGGAGGUCAGCGUGGAUACUAA